UGUGAACCAUUACCCAGUGGGCAAAACCAUGAUUCCCCCAAUAGAACUGCCAAAACAUAGAUGUGGUCUCAGAUUUGAGCUAUGGGGAUUUUUACUCGGGCGCCCCAAUACGCCAAUUGGAAGUGCAAACAGUGGCCACUAAUUAAUUUGCAUAAAUAAGCUGCUGGGAGUGGGGCAGACCAUACAGUUAACCCCAUCAUGUUGUGGCAAACGGUCUACCUGCUCGUCUAGGCGUGCUCCGUGGUCAGCACCACACCAAUCUUCUCCAGCAGCGACCAGGAGAGCAUUAGAAGACCCCGGCACAUUGGAGGAUUUGGAGGUGGCGGAGUCGUGGGAGGCGGCUUCGUGGGCGGCGGCAUUAUUGGCGGCGGAGGAGUAGCUGCCCCCAUUGUGGCGGCCCCCGCUAUUCAAACAGUUCCCGUUGUGUCCACUGUGCCCAUCAUCACCACUGUUCCCGUCGUAUCCAGCAUCUCUACCGUCCAGACGAUCCCCAGCUAUGGCUAUGGAUAUGGCGGUGGUUAUCCCGUCGGAGGAGGACUGGGCGGACUAGGUGGAGGAUUGGGCGGACUCGGUGGAGGCGGAGGCUUCGUUGGCGGCGCUGUGAGUUUUGCCAAAUUCAAAGGCGGUUUCAUUGGCUAGAUGUUUCCGAAUAAAUCCGAGUGUUUCAUGAGCCCCUCUAGUGUAAACAAUGAAUAAACAAAAGUGCUGCGAGAUCGAGUUUCAUUUUGCCGAGUGUUUGGAGUCGACAAAUUCGAUGAGCUUGCAUAUUCCGUAUUUAA